AUGGCCUCCCUCAAUUCUCUCCGCCAUCUGGUGCAAACGCACCCGAUCAUCGACAACCAUGCUCAUAAUUUGCUGAGUCGUGAUGUGGCUGCCGACUACGAUAGCUACCCGCUUGAAUCCAUCACAUCCGAGGCCCACGGUCGCGCGCUGGAAAAUGCCCGCGCGACCCUGCCACUUCUACGAGCCACCAACCAGCUCGCCGAGCUUUACGACACGCCUUGUGCAACUUGGGAUGAUGUAGUCGCCGCACACAGUCUCUGGGUAGAGAAUGACUACGAUGGUCUGAUCCGCCGCAGCCUGGAAGGCACGCAGGCUCUGCUCCUGGACGACCUGCUCAGCGACGAGGAUGUCGAGUCCUACGACUGGCACGACCAGUUCACCGGCUCUGCGACGAAGCGCAUCGUCCGGAUUGAGGCGGUUGCGGCCACGAUCAUCGGAGAUCUGAUGAGCACUGAGCGUAAGGAAGGCGAAACGGUGUGGAGCAAAUUCCGCCAGCGGUUUCUUGAUGUGAUUGAUCGCGCAAUGGACGAGCCAGCCGUGGUCGGUUUCAAAUCUGUGGUUUGUUAUCGCACCGGGCUAGAUGUUGACCCCUACUCGGGUGAUGAGGAUUUGUUGACGGCUUCGUUGCAUCGGGUACUUGAUUCGGGCACUCGGAGAUCUGGCUACCGCGUUGAAGAGAAGCCGCUGAAUGACUGGCUGGUUCAGCAGACACUUAAGGCUAUUUCUUUCAAGAAGAGGGCUGGUAUUGUGAAACCUAUGCAGUUUCAUACGGGCUUGGGAGACAAUGAUAUCAGUCUUGUCAAAGCUAACCCGGCCUACUUGCAGCCUUUGAUCGAGCAAUACGAGAAUGCGGACAUUGUGCUACUGCAUUCUGCUUAUCCGUAUACGCGCGAGGCAGGAUAUCUGGCAUGUGUAUACCCCAAUGUCUACCUAGACCUCGGUGAGGUGUUUCCUAUGGUGAGCCGAGAGGCCCAGGAAAAGAUUUUGCGGGAGAGUCUCGAAAUCACACCCACCAACCGAAUACUGUGGAGUACGGAUGGCCACUAUCACCCCGAAACUUUCUGGUUGGCCAACAAGCAAUUUCGUCAAGCUCUUGAGAAGGUGCUUGUCGAAUAUGUUCAACUUGGUGACUAUAACGUUCCACAGGCGAAGAUGGCGGCAGCAGACAUUCUCUUUCACAACUCAAAUCGACUAUACAAGUUAAAUCUGGAGCCGAAUAUUGUGCAUGACGCUGCGGUAUCGAAAGUCCAGCCCUCGCUUCCUUCUGACCCCCUGGAUGCCUUUCUUCUGCAAAAUCCGGAUAUCGAAUAUGUCUGGAUGCAAUGGCUCGACUAUACCGCAACAACUCGUGUGCGCAUGUUCCCAGUUGAGGAGUUCGUUCGCAUUGCUCGCAAAGAACGCCGUGUGGGAAUUUCACAGGCAGUCUGUUGCAUGUUACACGAUGACACAGUUCUCCCGCAAGGAUCCACUACCGGUCAAUUCUACAUGGAGCCAGACUUGAACAGUCUCUACCGCAACGGGGGACUACCAUCAACAGCUGCACCUAGUGCAUCUGUCAUGACAUUCUGGCGAUCGGAAGACGGUACAGCAUUUGAGGGUUGCCCGAGAAGUACCCUUCAAAACAUCGCGGAUAAGAUCCACAGUGAACACAAGAUGCAAUUGAAGUUUGGCUUCGAAAUCGAAGUAGUCUUCAUGAAGGCAGCCAAGGGUCAACGCACCGGUCACGUCACUGAGUAUAACCCGGCCACGACCAAUCACUCCUGGUCGCAAAUGACCUCUGAGACGCGACAGCUCAUUCCCCUCCUUGAAGAAAUCACUCGGACGCUGGCUUCCAUAGGUAUCAGACUAGAGCAAUUUCACGCCGAGUCUGCGCCCGGCCAAUUCGAAUUCGUUCUUCCUCCGGCAGCACCUCUCACCGCUGUAGAUUCCCUAUUAGCCGCUCGACAAGUGAUCACCGCCGUCGCAGAACAGCACGGCCUCCGCGCGACUCUUCAUCCACGGGCUGUCCCUGGUGGUUUCGGCAAUGCAGCACACGCCCAUGUCUCCAUCGAUCCACCUACUCACGAAGACGCAUUCCUCGCCGGCAUCCUCGAUCACUACCCAUCCAUCACUGCCUUCACACUCUCCUCGGAAGCCAGUUAUGAGCGCGUGCGUUCUGGCAUCUGGGCCGGCUCUGAAUGGGUCACUUGGGGCUUCCAGAACCGUGAAGCGCCCAUGCGGAAAAUCGGGCCCGGCCACUGGGAGUUCAAGUCCUUAGAUGGGCUGGCCAAUAUGUACUUGGCUAUGGCCGCUCUGCUCGCAGGUGGCAAUAUAGGGCUGGAUGCGAAAUUGGCCUUGACGGUGAAAGAAUGUACUGUGGAUGCGGCGACCUUGAGUCAUUCCCAGCGAGCUGAUCUAGGUAUCACGACGAUGAUACCUAAGACUUUGGAGGAAAGUCUUGAAAAUCUUGAGUUGCAUACCUCGAAUACUUUCAAAGAUCUUCUGGGAACUGAGCUUGUCAAGAAUUAUGGUACAGUUAAGCGUGCCGAAAUCGUGCGUUUAAGGGAGAUGUCGGAGGAGGCGCGUCGGCUGUGGCUGUUGGAGCGCUAUUGA